AAUCAUCCUUUGUUAUUAAUGAUCAUAUUUGUCAUGAAUGAGCAUCAUGUGACUAGUGGAAGGAGCACCUGUGCUCGUGCUGCGUUCAAGUCCCACCGAGAAUGUCAGCAAUGCUGCAUUUGUAAACAUGAGGACGCUCACGGAGGAAUGAAGGGUGUGUGUGUGUGUGUGUGUGUGUUUGUUUGUGUGUGUGAUUCCCACAAAGGACUCGGAGGGCAGAACAACGCCUUCAUAAUCCACUCAUGCUCCGAAAGCCCGCGCUUCCCAAGAAGUGUUUGAGCUGGAAGCAACAGGACAUUCCUCGAAGUGAUUGAAGAAAUCGUCGGGCGUGAAAAAACCCCACGCAAAAUAGUUGCGUGACAAAAUGACGCGGCCGAUUGUGGUCACGUGGGCGGAGCAGGAUGACGUCACAGGAGGAGGAGGAGGAGGAGGAGGAGGAAGCACAAUGGCCGCCGCCUCCUGCGUGUGUCACGGCCUGCGUCACGACACACGCCGGGAGGAGUUUUCCACUGACGCCAAAAAAGCUCGAGUGUUUCUCCGCCGAGCUCAGACGAGCAGACUCUCCGUCGCCGCCGCCAGCAGGCGCACGAUAUCGGCCACGAACCGCGCGGGGGAUCCUUUCAUCUCCCUCAUUUCGUCCCGUGGAUUCACGCCGUCACCUUCUCGCCCCGUGGAUUCACGCCGUCACGUCUCAUGCUGCCCGGACUGCGCCGCUGAUCGCCAUGAGCGCCAUGAGCGGGCUUCUCAAGAGGAAGUUUGAGGAGGUGGACGAGGACCCGUGCUACUCCUCGCCCUCGCCCUCCUCCCUCUCCUCGGCCUGCUCCGCCUGGGACUCUGAGGGCGAGAGCUGCUACUCCGACACUCUGGAUUCCACGCCCAGCAACCCCGGCUCGCCGGCGACCGCACACUUCACGGCCACCUCCAUCCUCAAGAAGUCCAAGCGAGCGCGGCGCAGCAACGUGACCUUUGACCAGGUGACCGUCUUCUUCUUCCCUCGAUGCCAAGGCUUCACCAGCGUGCCCAGCAGGGGGGGCUGCACCCUGGGCAUGACGCCAAAACACAGCGUUCAUCGCACCUACACCCUGGCGGAGUUCGCCGCCGAGCAGCGGCUGCUUCGCCGGGAGAAAGUCCUCAAUAGGCUGCGGGAGGAGAAACUGGAGGCCCUCAAAUUGAAGCUGACAAAAAACGGAACGCAGGACAGCGAAGAGGCGGAGCGACUGACGGUGGACGACGUUCCCGAGCAGGACGUGGACGUGAGCGCCACCAACCUGGAGGAGGGCUCCUUCCUGCAGCCAUACCCGUCGAGGCGGCGCUACGCUCUGCUGAAAGCCGCCGGCGUGAAGAAGAUCGACAAGGAGGAGAAGCGGCAGCUGCACGACUUGAGGCUCUCCAGAGAAAACUGCGGCUGCGACUGCCAAGGCUUCUGCGAGCCCGAAACGUGCAGCUGCAGCCUGGCGGGCAUCAAGUGUCAGAUGGACCACUCCUCCUUCCCGUGCGGCUGCACCAAAGACGGCUGCGGGAACACGGAGGGCCGCAUCGAGUUCAACUCCACCCGGGUCCAGACGCACUACAUCCACACCAUCAUGAAGCUGGAGCUGGAGAAGCGGCUGGAGGAGCAGCCCUGCGCCAUAAGCUCCGCCCCUCCCGCGCCCUCCUUCCCCUUCAGCUCGGAGCUGGCGUGCGCCGGAGACAACAGCUGCAGCAGCGACAUGACUGACGCGUCGGACUCGUCGGCGCAGAGCGAGGACUCGCUGAACACGGGGCGCCCGUGCGAGCGCCGCACCGCGCCGCAGGCGGACGAGAAGGGCCUGAGCCGCACUCUCGGGUUCGGCGAGAGCAGAGACAAGGACGCCGCGGACGCUCGGCGGCGGGCGGCGACGGCGGAGACGUUCAGCAGCUUCAGCAUGGCGGACUUUGCGGACGAGAACGACAACAUCGACGUGUCGCUGCUGGACGAGCACGCCGACAACCGAGCCGCCUCGGAACUCCUGGACGAGAACGCCAACCAGGGCAACGGGCUUUUCCACGGCAGCGUGCCGCGCACGCCCUCGCCCAGCGUGGACCGCUCGGCCAGCUACAACAUGGACCUCAGCCUGUCCUCCGAGUCCGACUUGGAGUUCUUCGACGGCUUCCCCUGCCUGGGACCCAGCUCGCUCUACAACUCUCUGAAGGAGUACGAGCACAUGGACAACUUCUUCCACUUCCAGCUGCCCAGCUACCCCGCCGACCCCGGCACCUGUCUCCUGGAGUCCCUCAUCGGACUCUCCGAGUCCGUCCCAGAACCUCCCGCCACUUUUACUGACAAUCAGAUGUUGGAGGAAGCCAUGACGUUGUCUGUCAUGGAGUCUGCCAAGGCGUAGGACUCCUCGUUGGACGCCAUGAUGACUCCUCGUAGGACGUGUCGGAAAACUUCUUGUAGGACUCCUCGUAGGACGUGUCAGAAAACACCUUGUAGGAUUCCUCGUAAGACACCAUGAGGACUCCUCGUAGGCCGUGUCGGAAAAUUCCUCGUAGGACGCCUCUGAGGACUCCUCGUAGGAUUCUUUGUAGGACGUGUCCAAGGACUUAUCGUAGGGCGCCUCUUCGGAAGCCUCGUAGGACGUGUCCUAGGACUCCUCGUAGGACGUGUCCAAGGACGCCUCUUGGAAAUCCUUGUAGGAAUCCUCGUAGGAGGUGUCCAAAAACUCCUAGUAGGCCGCCUCCUAGGACUCCUCAUAGGACACCUCGUAAGACUUGUUUUACGAAUCCUCGUAGGAAUCCUCGUAGGACGUGUCCAAAGACUCCUAGUAGGACGCCUCUUAGGACUCCUCGUAAGACUCGUUUUACCAAUCCUCGUAGGACUCCUCGUAGGAAUCCUUGUAGGACGUGUCCAAGGACUCCUCGUAGGACGCCUCAUAGGAAUUUUCGUAGGACGCCUUGUAGGUAUUCUCGUAGGAUGUGUCCAAGAACGCCUUGUAGGAAUCCUCGUAGGAUGCCUCGAGGCGUAAGACUCGUUUUACCAAUUCUCGUAGGACGCCUCAUAGGAAUCCUUGUAGGACGUGUCCAAGGACUCCUCGUAGGACGCCUCGUAAGACUCGUUUUACCAAUCCUCGUAGGACGCCUCAUAGGAAUCCUCGUAGGACGCCUCAUAGGAAUCCUCGUAGGACGCCUCAUAGGAAUCCUCGUAGGAUGCCUCGUAGGAAGCCUCGUAGGACGCCUUGUAGGAAUCCUCGUAGGACGCCUUGUUGGAAUCCUCGUAGGAUGUGUCCAAGGACUCCUCGUAGGAAUCUUCGUAGGACGUGUCCAAGGAUGCCUUGUAGGAAUCCUCGUAGGACGUGUCCAAAGACUCCUAGUAGGACGCCUCGUAAGACUCGUUUUACCAAUCCUCGUAGGACGCCUUGUAGGAAUCAUUGUAGGACGUGUUCAAGGACUCCUGGUAGGAUGCCUCGUAGGACGCCUUGUAGGACUCCUCGUAGGACGUGUUCAAGGACUCCUUGUAGGACGCCUCGUAAGACUCGUUUUAUGAAUCCUCGUAGGAAUCCUUGUAGGAAUCCUCGUAGGAAUCCUCGUAGGAUGCCUCGUAGGAAUCCUUGUAGGAAUCCUCGUAGGAAUCCUUGUAGGACGCCUCCUAGGACUCCUCCUAGGACUCCUCGUAGGACUCGUCCAUGGACUCCUCGUAGGAAGCCUCCUAGGACUCCUCGUAGGACUCGUCCAUAGGCUCCUCGUAGGAUGCCUCGUAGGACGUGUCCAAGGACUCCUCGUAGGAAUCCUCGUAGGACAUGUCCAACAAAUCCUCGUAGGCCUUGUCCAUGGACUCCUCGUAGGACGCCUCUUAGGACUCCUCGUAGGACGCCUCCUAGGACGCCUCGUAGGACUCCUCGUAGAACAUGUCCUUGAAUUCCGAACUUGCCUUGCGAGCGCCAGACGGCAGCCGCUGACCUCGCCCAAACCAAGAAGGAGGAGGAGAAGACGGCGCACCUCAGGGAUCAUUUCUCCAGCUUUUAGCGCUGAGCAUUGCUGCGAUGGACUUUCACUUUCUCUUUUGUGCUCCGUGGACUCUGCCGCUCCCAAGUGGGUCACACGCUACAAGAACUGCCGCGCUCAGCUCCUCAAUCAGCACUUUAUCCCGAGCGGACGGCCCUUUUCCCGUGGACUCUGCGCUUUAUUUAUCGGCUUCUAACUUAUUUCCCGCUAUUUAUUUCUGCCUGGCACUUCCUUUUCACCCAGCGCCAUCCUUUCGCACGGAAGUAUAACUGCUGCAAACGCCUACCUCGGGCUGUGCGUCCAUGUGUGUGUCUGUAUUUACAUGUGUGUGUGUGUAUUCAGAUUUGUGUCAUUCCGAGAAGUUGUCGCAUUAGACACAACUUUUUGACCGAUAGCGCUCCUGCUAACUUACUUGAAGACCACAACCAAUACCGAAGUGCGAGAACAUGAAUUUUUACUCACAGCGCCUCCUGUGGUGGCUUCAGCACGGGAUUACACCAGGCGCCCCCUAGUGGUGGGUGGAGGGAACGGAAAGGCAAAGUCUUUUUUACACCUUCAAGUCGCGUGUAAAAAAGGUUCCAGCUUUGCACAAAUCUGAAUAUGCAAACACAUUUUUUUUUUACACCAAGAUUAAAAUAUGGAUGCAGAUUUUUUUUUUUUACACAAACACACAAAAAUAAUACUGGGCUAAAGUCAGUUGUAAAAAAAAACAAAACCAAACAAUCAGGUUUACACAAAUCUGAUUACACAAACAAUUUAUUUUACUUUUUUUUUAACACAGAAAUACAGACAGACUUGUUUCCACACACACACACACACACACACACACCUUACAGGGCAGAUGUAAAAAGAAAGCAAUUUAGGGUUCCUGCUACACACAUCUGAAUACACAAACACACAUUUUUUACACACAGCAUUACAGAAUUUUUUUUUUUUUUUACACACACACACACACACACACACACACACACACACACACACACACACACACACACACACACACCUUACAGGGCAGAUGUAAAAAGAAAGCAAUUUAGGCUUCCUGUUACACACAAAUCUGAAUACACAAACACAUUUUGCACACACACAAAUACAGAUUAUUUUUUUACACACACACACAUACACAAAUCUUACUGGGCAAAAGUAAGUGGUAAAAAAUAAAGACAAUCAGGUUCACACAAAUCUGAUUACACAAACUUUUUUUUUGCACACAUAAAAAUACAGACAGAUUUGUUUACACACACACACACACACACACACGCACACAUUGAAAUAGGGACCCACAACUGACAAAACGCUCACAGACUGAGACACACACACACACACACACAUUGAAAUAGGGACCCACAAUUGACAAAACGCUCACAGACUGAGACACACACACAUUGAAAUAGGGACCCACAAUUGACAAAACGCUCACAGACUGAGACACACACACAUUGAAAUAGGGACCCACAAUUGACAAAACGCUCACAGACUGAGACACACACACAUUGAAAUAGGGACCCACAACUGACAAAACGCUCACAUACUGAGACACACACACACACACACACACACAUUGAAAUAGGGACCCACAACUGACAAAACGCUCACAGACUGAGACACACACACACACACACACAUUGAAAUAGGGACCCACAACUGACAAAACGCUCACAGACUGAGACACACACACACACACACACACACACACACAUUGAAAUAGGGACCCACAACUGACAAAACGCUCACAGACUGAGACACACACGCACACACACACACACACACACACACACAUUGAAAUAGGGACCCACAACUGACAAAACGCUCACAGACUGAGACACACACACAUCGAAAUAGGGACCCACAACUGACAAAACGCUCUCAGACUGACACACACACACACACACAUAGACACACACACACACACACACACACACACACACACACACACACAUAGACACACACCAGAUUCCAGACGCCCAGGUUGAGGUGCGCAUGUGCAAAGAGUUCUGCUGCAAUAAAACUUGCUGACGUCAUAUUUAUGGGCGUGGUCGAAGUUGUCUGGACUGCCAAUCAGGGAAGCCCCGCCCAGUGCUUCCCGCGCAGACCACACCCCCUCGGUGGGCUUUGUUGCGUUUGUGGCGCCACCUGGCGGCCAGCCAGAGAAACCACACCAAUAUUUUCUACUCGGGAACGGAACUGCUGACAUGGAAUAUUUUAUGAAGUCCUUUUCAAUCUGGUUUAGGAGAGACGUGUUCAGGAGUAUUUUCACAGGCGGGUGGAAAGAUCCUUUUUGAUUGUAUUCCGAUUUUUCUUCGGAGGCUGCAAACUGCAUAUAUUAUACAGUUUGGAGGUGAAGACUUGUGUCCGCCGGGGGGCGCCAGAGAGUGAUGUAGAUAUCUCAGCUGCCUUGGAGGAUCCUUUCAUGCAUGCCACUUCUUCUUCUUCUUCUUCUUCUUCUGGCGACAUUCUUUGGAGACAAAGUGCACGUUGGAAAUGUAAUUUUCUUUUUUUUUUUUGAAGCACUCAAAAUAUUUUCUUGUACAAAACAUCAAAAUGUCCACAGCGAGUGUUUAUCAGUGUCAAGUAUUACAGGACUGCUUUUUUCUACAUUUCAAAAACGUGUCUUACUUACUUUUGGGGGUUUUGGGCCUUUUUUGUGUUGUACAUAUUUCUGCAGAGCAAACAAAGCUGCUUUCUUUUUUUUCUUUUUUUUUUUUACAUCCUCUCACUUUAAGCUGCUGUUUCCAUUCAAGCCAUUUUGACAGCCUGUCCAUCCAUUUAAUAAACAUUUUCUAAACCCA